AUUGCUGUGGGUCUGACAUCCAAAUAUAGAGCAAAGCAGCAUUUCUAUUUGAGUCAAGAACAAUGGUUUGGAAGAUUUGUCUAUUCAUCCUUCUGGCUAUUAGUUCUUCUGAUGGACAUGUCCCCACUGGUUCACUUUUUGAAGACAUGAAAGAACAUAUAAGUAAACUGGAGAAAUACUUUAACACCAGUCAUCCUGAUGUCGCUGAGGGUGGAUCUAUUUUCACGGGUAGGCUGCAGAAUGGCCUGUGGUCACAGAUAAAUGAAAAAAAAAUCUUGCUUGCCCAGAUGAUUUCCAUAUACUGGGAAAUGCUGAAUAAUCUAAACAAUACUCAAAAUCCAAAAGACAUCAGGAGUUUGGUAGAAGUCCUGCAAGUCUAUAAAAUGAAUUACAGCGAAAGUCUGAAGAAAGCAAAAGAUCUAAUUGAGAUAGCAAAGCUUCCGAUGAAUGAUGCAAAAAUCCAGCGCAAAGCAGUAGCUGAAUUUUAUGAUGUCAUGCUGGAGGUGAACAAAGAAGAGAGUCAAAGAAAGAGGAGAAGCAGAAGACUUAACCGCCGCCCUGGGCUCCUGUCAGGAGGAAGGGCGGGAUAUAAAUCAAAUAAUAAAUAAAUAAAUAAUAAUGCCAGAGGCCAGUUGCGAUGCAUACCAAAUCCCAGAGGCUAGCCUUGUUUUUCUGCAGUUAGCCCCUUUUAAUAUAUAUGUAUGAACCUAUUUAUUUAUA